GGCCGCAGAAAGUGGGACAAUCUGGCGUUCGGCGCAGACUCAGCGUGCACGGGUGCUGAUCGGCGAAUGAGUGGUGGGCACCUGCGGUGGCGCCAUGGACGACGAGGAGGAGACAUACCGACUCUGGAAGAUCCGCAAGACCAUCAUGCAGCUGUGCCAUGACCGAGGCUACCUGGUGACCCAGGAUGAGCUGGACCAAACAUUGGAAGAGUUCAAAGCCCAGUUUGGGGACAAGCCAAGUGAAGGGCGGCCGAGGCGCACUGACCUCACCGUACUGGUGGCCCACAAUGACGACCCCACUGACCAGAUGUUUGUCUUUUUCCCAGAGGAGCCCAAAGUGGGGAUCAAGACAAUCAAGGUAUACUGUCAGCGCAUGCAGGAGGAGAACAUCACACGGGCCCUCAUCGUGGUUCAGCAGGGCAUGACGCCCUCCGCCAAGCAGUCUCUGGUGGACAUGGCACCCAAGUACAUCUUGGAGCAGUUCCUGCAACAGGAGCUGCUCAUCAACAUCACUGAACAUGAGCUGGUCCCAGAGCACGUGGUCAUGACCAAGGAGGAGGUGACAGAGCUGCUGGCCCGAUAUAAACUCCGAGAGAACCAACUGCCCAGGAUCCAGGCCGGAGACCCCGUGGCACGCUACUUUGGGAUAAAACGGGGGCAGGUGGUGAAGAUCAUUCGGCCCAGUGAGACAGCAGGCAGGUACAUCACCUACCGCCUGGUGCAAUAGUGGCGUCCAGCAGACUCUACAGGACAGAUGGAUGUGACCACUGUUUCCUCCAGGACAGAUGCCCUCCUGCUCCUGUCCAUCUCGUUGCUGCUUUUCUGUACUCCCCAGGAUGGCCACCAUUUCCCUUUACCUGUUCUGGGGUAAGGGAGCCCAUGUCCUUGCUUGGCUGGUGCUUCAGGAGGAACGGAGAGGUCAGCUAGGGACAGCCAGUGUCAAAUGGCUGCCCUGAGUCCUUGCACAGCUUGGUGGGGCCAAUAUAUACGCCUCCCUGCUCUUGGUGGUCCUGAUGUCUGACCCACUUCCUGGGUAGGCUGCCUUGGUGGGUCAGUGCAAAUCAGUGCUGGCGGCACCUGGACUGGCUCGCCUAUCUUCCCUCUGGUCUGUCCCCUUGAUCUCUGAAGUUGGCAGGGUUCAAGGUUACAACCCACUUGGAGUUCUCAGUUGUUACGGAGUACUGCAUGUUUUAAAAAUUGAAGAUAUUUUUUGUAAAUAAACUUGCUUCAAAAACCAAGAAUGAACACUCAAGCUUUUGGUGGGUAUCCUUGCUCUAACCCCAAAAGGUCAGUAGGGAGAGAACCUAGUUGUUCUCUUGUGUUUGUGGGGACCUUAUUUUUCUGGUAAAUGCUGCUUGUCAUCUGCAGUCAGUACUGGGUUUGAACUAAGGGCCUUGUGCUUGCCAGGCAGGCACUCUAUUACUUGAACCAUGCCUUGAAAGCUUU